UAGUCACAAUUGGUUUGAAUACUGUAGCAAUAAUGAUGCCUUUUCCCAAUGUGUUUAAAGUGUUUGAUUCACAUUUACGGGAUUUAUAUGGUAGACCGUGUGCAUUGGGUUAUUGUAUUUUAAUAUCACUGGAAGGAAUUGAAAAUCUUGCAGAGUAUUUGCGAUUAAUAUCAAAGUCAAGUGAGACAAAUAUUUUAGUACCAUUUAAAUUAAAGGGAGUAAAGUGCAUUAUUAAUGAGGAUAUGGACACAGGGCUUGAUUCAAAAGGUACUGAAAAUUAAAGUAUUGCAGACCUGCUGAGCAAUUUGAACAAUCAAACAUAAACUCAGAAAAAGUGGACAGCAUUAGAAAUAUUCAAACAUCUAGAAAAAGGUGGAGAACUAAUGAAUCAACCAAACAAAGUGACGCUAGAGUUGCAAAAAUGAUUGAAUACAAUAGUUUAAAAAAGCUAAAUGAGACCAGUGAGCUAACAGAAACUAGGCUUGCCAAAGAUAAUAAUUGCAAAAAAGUAAGAAGACAAAAUGAGAUGGCAGAGCAACGACAAUGUACACUUGCCAUUGACAGUAAUGCUAAAAAAGCUAGAAGACAAAAUGAGACUGUUGAGCAAAGGGAAAGUAGACUUGCCAUUGACAGUAAUGCUAAAAAAGCUAGAAAACAAAAUGAGACUACUGAGCAAAGAGAAAGUUGUCUUAUUGACAGUAAUGCUAAAAAAGCUAGAAGAUAAAGUAAGAUUGCUGAACAAAGGAAAAGUACACUUGCCAUUGACAGUAAUGCUAAAAAAGCUAGAAGAAGAAAUGAGACCGAUGAGCAAAGAGAAGCUAGACUUGCAAAAGACAGAGAAAGAAAGAGCUUCUAGAAAAUAUGCACAAUCUACAAAGCAUCAUAAACAUAAAGGUAAUGAAAUGCAUUCAGUUGGAACUACAAAUGCAAUAAAUUGUUGCUUGCCACGAAAAGAUUUUGGCAUAUGUACACAUAUUACCAAGUUUCAUAACUCUAUAUCCACAGGACCUCUAUAUGUUUUCAUUUGCUGUGAUCAAUUGUGGUAUAAACAUUCUGUCUCUCCUGCAGACAAAUUAAGAUUGUUCGAUCGUGACAUAACUCAGGAUCUGCAGAAUAUAAAACGUUUUGGUAAUAUCGAAUGGAUUUGUUUAACCUGUAACAGUCACUUGAAAGGGAAACUCCCACCUUCUGCAAUUGCUAAUGUUAUGAAAUUUCCUGAAAAACCAUCUUUCUUUGAUUUAAAUGAACUUGAAUGUCGACUUAUUGCCCCUAGAUUGGCAUUUCAAAAAUUAUUUCAGGCCCCCCGAGGUGGCCAACUCAAGAUUACUGGUAAUGUCGUUAAUGUUCCUGCAGAUGUCAACAGCACAGUAAAUAUGCUGCCUAGAUUAUCAGAUGAGACAGGUACUGUUAAAGUACAACUUAAACGAAGAUUACAAUACAAAAGUUCUGCACUUUCAAUGAACAUAAGACCACACCAAGUGAUGCAAGCAGAUUCUUGGUUGAUUAAUACAAGUCCUUUUUAUCACGAUUAAGGAAUCAUUAUCAACAGUAAUUGGUUGAGAAGCUUUCAAGACUCGAUGAAUAAAACCUCUGAUAACAUGGAAUUAUUGCACACUAAUGUAGAUGAUAAUACAACAACAACAACUUGUCAGUCUCUUGAAGAUGAAUGGAGGGAAGAUAAAGCCGAGAUAACAGCUGGAGUGACUUAUAGUAUGUUGACUUCUUCAGAUUUUGUUAAUGAUAGUGAAAGACAGCAAAUUUAUAAUGUUGCACUCGGUGAAGGUAAUAUACCAUUGAGUAUAUAUAGAGAUCUGUAUUCGGAAGAAAUGACAUAUCCAGGUACAUUUCAUGGACAAAAAAGACCAGGUGAUAAACAAAGCUAAGAAUUUGCAAGUGAAAUUCUUGCUUGGUCAAGCCCAAAAUGCCCUCCGAAAAAACAAAAUGGCCACAGAACACUAACUGCUGGAGACCUAAAAACUACCGAAGGUAUUUAAAGUCUAAUCAACCACGAUGAUGAUUUUAGAUUUCUCAAAACCCUCAGGGGCUCACCACCUUACUUUGAAAGAGCAAAAAAGGAUUUGUUUGCUAUGAUUUGACAGUUUUUCAUCUGCAGAAACGAAAUGGAAUCAUUUAUUAAGAUUUCUUUGAAAACUUAUUGAUCACAAGGAUUAUAGUGAUGAAAAAUGGAAUAACCUCAAUUUGGAGGAAAUGUGUCGACUUAUUCAAAGUGACCCAGUAACGUGGGCAAGACAUUUUGAUUAUUAUUUCAAUACGUUGUUAAAUCAUUCAACGCUUUGAUGUCUGUCUUUAAGUAUAAAAGUUUGGUGGAUUAUAACUGCGAAGACCGGAUUGUGCGAUGUCUUUUAUCCGAGUCCUUAUGAAUUCCGGGUAGAAUCCAGAAGGCUCAUAAAUGGGUUCUUGCUUAAUCUUGGAGUAUAACAUUUCAAAAGCGUGAGAAGGUCUAUUUAUAUCAGAUCUAAGGUCUAUAACCGAUCUUUGUGAGAGUACGAUUCGCAUUGAUCUUAAAGUUGUAGAAGAAAUGCAUUUGCUAAGAAAUGACUGUAAAGUAGAUCUUUGUUUUACUCCUUUGUACAUGCUAAAUCACACUGAUUUGAAAAUUUCUUUUCUCAAUGCAAGCUCUUUGCACAAACAUAUUGAAGAGGUUAGAAAAGAUAUAAAUUAUUCGUCAGGCGACAUCCUAAUUUUUACUGAAACAACAUUUAGUGCACAGGAUCCUGAUGAAAUGUAUGCGAUUAGGGGGCUAUGAGUUAUACAGAAAUGACGACAUUUCGAAUAAUAAUCGUCGAUAUCACGGAGCAGCUGUAUAUUUCAGACUUUCCAUGAUGACAGGAUAUCCAUGUGUAAGAAACUAUCAUGGAAUCGAGCUAACUUUGAUGAAGACAUAUGAACACCCAGACUUAAUUGUAAUUGCUAUAUACAGAUCUCCAACACUUGCACUGUCCUUCUUCACAGAUUUUAAUCAUUGGCGACUUUAAUGUCAAUUGGCGUGAUGAAGCAGUACGAAGGUCACUGUACAAUCUCAUGAUCAAUGAAUAAGGUCUCGAGCAACUUAUAUCUAGUUCUAUUACAGAUAAUGGAACAUUGAUUGAUCACGUCUAUACAAAUUUGAUGGAAGAAGAUAUCCAAACAAGUACUCUUGAAACUUACUUUAGUGAUCACAAAGCAGUUUGGGAUUCUGUUAAGGUCAGCUGCAAUCUUAAAGAUAAAUAAACUCUCGUGAAGACGCAAGAAAAAUACUGAUAUCAUCGUCUCAUUUUGCUGUUGUUAGGUAUCUACAUGUUAUGCUAUAAUCUCGUCAUUGAAGCCUUCAAUUUCAGACCUAAAGCGAGUUCUUUCACUUAACGCAGCCUGGAACUACUUGAUUCAUGAUAACAAUGUCUACUUAUUGCCAAUCAAUGUCGUAAACAAGUUGUGUAAUGUUGCUAGCAGAUGUAUGAAAUUGUUCAAUUUCUGGCAAAGUGAGAUAUAAUCGAUGGAUGUUGCCAACACACCUUGCAUUCUUCUGGAUCACGGUUAAAAAUAUCGAUUCCGACUAACCGUUCCUAGACAAAAAAAGUCUCGUUUCCACAAUUACAUUUAGAAAAUGUAUAAAAUCCGAGGUCUCGUUCAUCUCCCGUUUCGGGAGUCAAUCCAUCCCGGCUCUCAUAUAAACAAGCGCUUUUUGUGUCGCAUAUACGUAAGAGAAGAUUCGGCCAGCAAUGACUGGGAACAAAGCUUCUAAACAAGCUUGCUUGUUUUGCAAAUUAAAAUAUAUCGCUUAGUCAA